AUGGGCGGCGCGCCCUCGCGCCCGCGUCGGGGCUUCCCCGACGUCCCGAACGUCCUCCCCCCCGGGGUCGCGCUGUCGCGCGCGCGCGACCUCGACGUCGUCGUCCUCCGCGCGGGCGACGUCCCGCUGCGCCUCGCGGUCGUGACGAAUCUGGAAGACGUCGUGGUCGACGACGCGGCGUCGACGUCCGAGGGCGUCGAGCACGCGCUCGUCGCCGGGUCCGACGCGACGCUCUCCGACCGCGAAUCGCGCGUCGUCGUCGACGUCCUGCGCGGGCGCGACGUCGCGCUCCGGUCGCCGGCCGCGCGCGACGCGUGCCUCGCGGUGACGCCGCUCGCGGCGGACGGGUCGCACGCGAGGCGCUCGCCGUUCCGAUUCGUGCGCGCGUCCGACGCCGCGCGAGGAGGAGGAGGAGGAGGGCCGCCGAAGGCGGCGACGUGGACGUGGACGACGCGCGAGGCGAAGCCGCCGGCAAAGGAGAACGACGCGGACGGCGAAGGCGCCGCGGAGGAGAAGAAGGAGAACGACGCGAACGGCGAGAAGACGUCGACGACGCCGUCGUCAGACGUAGACGCUUCGCCGGCGCCGGCGACGACGACGAAGCUCGUCUGCGUGUUUCGCAACGCCGCGUUCCCGGCCGUCGAGCUCACCGCGGUCGGGCCGACGGACCUGAGCACGCCGCACGCCGCGCGCAUCUGGACCGCGUUCCUGGACGACGAGCUGGAGGCGCGGAGGGACCUCAAGGCGACGCUCGAGGCGCUCGCGCGCGACGCCGACGCCGCGCGCGCGACGUUCGGCGCCGAACUCGCGGAGAUCACCAACGCCGAGCGUCUCAACGCGGAGGCGCGCGCCGCGCGCCGCGCGAAGCGCCUCGAGGAGGACCACGCCCGCGCCGCGCGCGAGGCGAUCCGCGAGGCGGAGCGCGCGAAGCGCGCGGCGGAGGAGGACGCCGCGCGCCGACGCCGCGACGACGCGCGCGCCCGCGACGACGCGGCGUUCUUCGGCGGACUCACCGGCGUCGUCGACGCGCUCCGCGACGAGGUGCGCGGCAACGCGAACGCGUCGGGGCCCGGCGAGGCGUACCGCGGCGUCGACGGCGUCGAGGCGCUCGUGUCCGAGGCGUGGGACCUGUCCGUGGAGGCGUUCCGGGAGGAAUUACGGCGGCGCAAGAUUUCGCACGACGCGUUGACGAGGCUGACGGGCGCCAUAGAGGUGCGCACCGCGUGCACGUUUGUUUUUCGCCCGCCCGCCGCUCGGUUUCGACGUUCGAUCGCGCGGGUCAGUCCCUUUCGACUGACCGAUGAUGCGCGCGCUCACGCACGGAACGGCCCUCAGGAGAGCGCGUACCGGCACUUCGUCGCCGCGGGGAUGAAACGGUACCAACUGAACCACGAGAACCAGACAGACUCCGACGACGACGACGACGACGACGACGACGAGGCGGCGGCGGCGGGUCUCGGAGAGAACGCCACUGGGGAGAACGACGACGCCGCGAGCGUCGCGAGCCGCGGGAGCGGGCGGAGCGUCGCGUCGAGCGUCCGAGCGCGGCGGCGAAUGGCGGACGUCCGCGCGGAGCGAAAGGCGAAGCUCAAGGCGAGGAUGCGCGCUGGGAAGACGGUCGUGGACUUCAAGAGGCACAAGGUGGGGAGCUUGCGGGACCAGCUGGAGAGGUGCGGCGUGGACGCGGACCCGCUCGUGCGCCUCGUGCAUAAGCUCGCGCGCGAGUGGAAGCGCGUCGGCGGCGGCGGCGGCGGCGGCGGGUCCGGGUCCGGGUCCGGGUCCGGGUCCGCGCCGACGUCGCCGCCGAUGACGCCGUCGAAGCUCGCGUUCCAGGCCACUCUCGCGCGAGAGAAGCUCAGCGGCGAGCUCGAGCGAUGGAUCCGCGACGGCGGCGGGAGCGGGAGCGGGAGCGGGAGCGUCCCCGGCGGGAAGACGACGGCGGCGUCCUUCGUGGACGCGAUGCCGUUGACGCGAUUCCGCGCCGCGCUCGAGACGCACUCUCUCCUCGCGCGCGGCCUCGACGAGUGCGUCGAAGCGCUCGUGGACGCGGAGUGGGAGGGCGGCGACGACGGGUUCGUGGACAGGAAGGGCGAGCGCGCGGAAGGGUUGGGGACGCUCCCGGUGAGCGCGUUUAAGGCGCGGCUGGCGAGGCACGGGUUGGAGGGGUCUCUGGAGGAGCUGAGGCUUUGCGCGGACGCGUUGUGCGCGGCGCUGCGCCCGGCGGACGAGCGCGAGGGCGCGCUGCUGAGGCGGCGGACCUCGGGCGUCGCGGUCGCGCCGGUGAAGGACACGAUCGAGAGCGCGUUCGAGUAG